AUGACCCUCCAAGUCCCCCGAAAAUACCACUACCAGCAACAACAUCCAACCUUAGACUCAAACUCUCCGCCCCUAACACCACCACCACCACCAACCAACAUCCUACGGACCUGGUACAUAACUCGCUCCUCCAGCCCCUUCUGGGCCGACAAACGCAGUGUGACGAUCACUCUUUCCACAGACAAGAAUACGGGUCCUAUUCCCAUUAAAUCGCUCAGAACUACUACGACCACUACACCCACCCCCGUGAUAACCAAUACAACGUCAUAUCAGACCUUAUCCUCGGAGUCGGUGAAAUAUACCGCUGGUACGGACCGUGUCGUUCCUUUGGGGAGUAAGGACGGAAACGGGGAUGAAGGCUCGAUUACGAUGGAAUGGCGUGGGAGUGGGUGGUUAAGGAUUGCGAGUGCGCGGUGGGAAAUUUUGGGGUGGGGGGGAGAGGGGAAUGGGGAUGAGUGGAUGGUUGUUUUUGCUGAUAAGUCGAUGUUUACGCCAAUGGGGAUUAGUCUUUACUCUAGGAGCAAGGGGGGUGUUGGGGAGGAGGUCUGGGGUGGGAUUGAGAGGGGAUUGAAGGGGUUGGUGGAGUGUUCUGGGGAUGAGGAGUUUAAGGGGCUUGUGGAGGGGAUGAGAGUUGCUAGGCAGGAUUGA